CACGCGGGGCUCUCCCCGGCGGACUUCCCCGCGCUCGUGGAGCAUAACCCGAACGUCGCGCACGAAUUUUUGGUUUUGGCGAUGAGCGCGAGCGCGGCGAGGAGUAACACGAGCCGUAACGCAGAAGAAGGGGGCGUUACGACAACAACGACGGCACCUCCACCCGCCGCCAGCGCGUUUCUGGACACCCUCGUCCAGAUGGAGAUGAGCCUGCACUCCAUGGAGGUGGUGAACCGACUCACGACGUCCCCGGAGAUUAAGGCGCGUUCUAUACACUGGUCCCCAUACGACCGCCUCCCGUCGGCGUUCGUCCACGCGUACGUCGCCAACUGCGUGCGGUCGUGCGCGGAGACGAGCGAGAGCGGCGCGCGCACGCGGCUCGUGCGGCUCGCGUGCAUGUUUUUGCAGUUGUUAGUCAGGAAUAAGGUGGUCACCGCGAAAGAUUUAGUCGUCGAGACGCAGGCGUUUUGCGUGGAGUUCAUGCACGUCAAGGAGGCGGCGACGUUGUUUCGGCUGCUGAAGCAGCUCGAG